CCGCGAAUAUCGACUUCGUCGCACCUUUUGUCAUUCACGAACUGAAACAACCACGCUCAUUUUUAUCUCUUCCUUCAGAGGCCCACUCUUUUUGCCUCUUAUCUUGUGAUCGCGCGGUCUAUUGUGUUUUGUUGCAGCAUCGGCGAUUAUUUCAUACCCAAAUUAAUAACGGAAUAACAGCCAUGAAACGCGCUUCCCAAGUUGCGCUUCUGGCUCUCUGCGCCCAGGCUGCGACUGCUGUCACCCCGCUCAUCGUCAAGGGGACCGACUUUGUCAACUCUGUUUCGGGCCAGCGAUUCCAGGUCAUCGGAGCUGCGUACCAGCCCGGCGGAGAGGCGGGUUACAAGCCUGAGUCAGGACAGGACCCUCUCAGCAAUGCGGAAACGUGCUUGAGGGAUGCUGCUCUGCUCCAGAGAAUUGGCGUUAACACUAUUCGCGUGUACAACUUGUCUCCGGAUAUCAACCACGAUGAGUGCGCAUCGAUCUUUAACAUUGCUGGCAUCUAUAUGAUGAUCGAUGUCAACUCCCCUAGGCCGAAUGAGGCCCUGAGUAGAGAGGCACCGUGGGAAAGCUACAACCAUGAUUACCUGGAGCAGACCUUCAAGGUCGUGGAGGCCUUCAAGAACUUCCCCAACACUCUGCUGUUCUUCUCAGCAAACGAAGUCAUCAACGAUGUGCCAACCGCCAUUACCGUGCCAUACAUCAGAGCUGUUACCCGUGAUCUCAAGCAAUACAUCAAGCUCCACUCGGACCGCCCCAUCCCAGUCGGCUACUCCGCCGCUGAUGUCCGUGAGGUCCUCAUUGACACCUUCAACUACAUGCAGUGCAGCUUGACCGGAGACGCCACAGAUGACUCCAUCACCGAUGUCUUUGCUCUCAACAGUUACUCCUGGUGCGGCCCUGCCACUUUUACCGAGGCCGGCUACAACACCCUCGUGGACAUGUUCAAGAAGAGCAGCGUCCCAGUAUUCAUGUCCGAGUACGGCUGCAGAGAGAUCCGUCCCCGCAUCUUCGACGAGACCGCCGCGCUCUACAGCUCCAAGAUGAGCCCCUAUUUCAGCGGUGGCGUCGUCUACGAGUACACCCAGGAAAAGAACGACUUCGGCCUGGUAGUCCUGAACUCGGAUGGCUCCGCAAAACUCAAGGUCGACUACGAUAACUUCCAAGGCCAGCUCGCCAAGCUCAACAUCACCGAGCUCCAGAGCACCUCCUCCUCGGCCGCCGCAGCGCCCUUCCCCAAGUGCGUGUCCUCCCUCAUCAAGGACAAGGGGUACCCUAACGACUUCACCAAGAUCCCCAGCCCACCCAACGACGGCCUCGCGGCGCUCAUCAAGGCCGGUGUCAAGAGCCCUAAGAACGGAAAACUCGUCACCAUCGACAACUUGAAGGUUAAGCAGGUCGUCAAGAACAGCGAUGAUACCGUCAUCACGGGCCUCGAGGUCAGGCGCCUCACGGACGGAAACGUGCCUACUCCUAUCGCGACCACCGGAUCCCCUGCCGCUACUGGCGCCACUGCGGCGCCGCACGAGACUAGCAGCGCGGCAGUUGGGACGGCGCAGGUUGGAGGGUUUGGAUUCGUGAUUAGCUCGGUCUUGGCUGCGCUGUAUCUUAUCUGAGUUCGAAACGGGGUUGCUCGUAGACAGAUGGGCUUCUUUUUGUAUAUAGUUUCUUGUUACUUCUUGGGCAGCACGUUUGGCUCGUCUGAUAUCUUCAUAGCUGGCUAUUGGACCUUCAAUUGUAAUUCUGUUUUAUGAUCACGUUUCUACGUUUCUUUAGCGAUUGAAUGUCUAUUUAGAUGGUGCAUAUAUGCCAUUUCUCUUUAGUACGAUACUUGCUCUCACUUAGAUAUGCGGCUGC